AUGGAGAAACACACAUCUUCAGAACUUACAACCGGGCGCGACGCACAUUCACAUCCAGGUGGAGAUUCUGAGCAUGUGGCUACCGCCCAUGAUGCCGUCUUCGGCGAAAUCACGGACAAGGGGCCCAACUAUCGCAACGUCGGAUGGCUUGGGACAACUGCCCUCAUGAUGAAGACUCAGAUCGGCCUGGGUGUCCUCUCCAUACCGGCCUCCUUUGAUGUGCUUGGACUAAUUCCUGGCAUGCUUUGCAUGAUUGCUAUCGCAAUAAUCACCACCUGGUCCGAUUACAUCAUAGGUGUCUUCAAGCGUCGGCACCCCGAGGUAUAUUGCAUCGACGAUGCUGGAGCUAAGAUGUUUGGCCGCGUGGGACGCGAGGUUUUGGGUAUCGGAUUCUGUAUCUACUGGAUCUUCGUUGCUGGAUCAGGAAUGAUCGGCAUGUCCAUUGGUCUAAACGCAGUAUCAACCCACGGCGCAUGCACGGCCGUAUUUGUCGUUGUUGCCGCCAUCGUGUGCUUUGCCUGUGCAAGCAUUCGAACCUUGGGGCGUAUCAGCUGGCUUGCCUGGUUUGGGCUGGCUUGUAUAAUGACCGCGAUUCUAGUUGUCACCAUCGCGGUCGGGAUCCAAGACCGGCCGGCAACUGCGCCCCCGCACGGCCCUUGGGCCUCCGACUUCAAGCUCUUUAAAAAGCCUACGUUUACCUCCGCUAUAUCUGCUGUUUCCGCGCUCGUCUUUGCCUACGCUGGGACUCCUGCUUUCUUCAAUAUUGUCUCUGAGAUGCGCGACCCACGCCAAUAUACCCGGUCGCUGCUUGUUUGUCAGUCCGGCGUGACUACGACAUAUACCGCCAUCGGGUGCGUGGUCUACUACUUCUGCGGAUCCUACGUUGCCUCGCCUGCUCUUGGAUCCGCGGGCGUGUUCAUGAAGAAGGUUGCGUACGGGCUGGCUCUUCCGGGGCUGACCGUGACCACGACCCUCUCCAUCCAUCUGCCUGCCAAGUGUGCAUUUGUGCGUAUUUUGAGGGGCUCUAGGCAUCUCACGGCGAACACUCUUGUUCAUUGGGCCGUCUGGCUUGGGUGCACAUUUUGCGCCACCUUGAUUGCCUACCUCGUCGCCAGCGGUAUCCCUGAGUUUGGGGCUCUGGUGUCGCUCGUAGGUGCUCUUCUAGGCACCCUCAUGUCCUUUCAACCCAUGGGCUGCAUGUGGUUAUAUGAUAACUGGGGCAAGCGCCACACACAACAAGAGCGUUCACUGAGGUGGAUUGCGAUGGUGGGCUUCAGCGGCUUCGUGGUUGUUUCUGGGACAUUCCUUAUGGUUGCUGGGACAUAUGGCUCAAUCGUCACCAUCAUCGACAUAUUCAAGUCGUCGGGACACUCAGCUGUAUGGACAUGUAAGGAUAACUCGAAUUCCGUUUGA